AUGGCAGGCCCAGGAGGAGUCAAGGCGGAUUCGGCUUCAGAUCCAGAUUCGAAUCCCAACCUUCCACCAACUCUAUGGGGCAAGAAAGGUGAAUUCAUCCGACCAGCGACUCAGUUUCGAAAUUUCAUCUCUCGAGCCCCUGGAGCUCAGUUCCCUCCGGAGGCCAACAGGUACCAUCUAUACGUCUCGUACGCCUGUCCAUGGGCUCACCGAACAUUAAUCGUCCGUAAACUCAAGGGUCUUGAGCCUCUGAUCUCAGUCACAGCGGUGCACUGGCACAUGUCGUUGACGGACAGUUGGCGAUUCGUCACGCCGGACGAGACACUGCCCAUGGACGACUGUACCCCGGACCCGUUGCACUCGGACAUCAAGAGACUCAAAGAGCUGUACCUGCGCGCGAACCCGGAUUACCAGGGCCGUUUUUCCGUGCCGGUGCUGUGGGACAAGAAGCUCGACACCAUCGUCAGCAACGAGAGCAGCGAGAUCAUCCGCAUGCUGUACACCGAGUUUGACGACCUCUUGCCAGAUGAUAAACGAGCCGUGGACUUGUACCCUGCGGAGCUGAGAGAGGCGAUCGACGAGACCAACAGCUGGACGUACGACAAUAUCAAUAACGGUGUUUACAAAUGUGGCAUUGCCAAAUCACAAGAAGCCUAUCACGACGCCGUCGCCAACUUGUUCAACCACUUGGACAAGGUGGAAUCGCACCUCGCGGACCAAGCUGCUGGGCCGUACUACUUCGGAUCGAGCAUCACAGAGGCGGACAUCCGGCUGUACGUGACGAUAAUCCGAUUCGACCCGGUGUACGUGUCGCUGUUCAAGACGAACAAGGGCAUGAUUCGGUAUCAGUAUCCCAACAUUCACAGGUGGCUGCGGACGUUGUAUUGGACUGUGCCCGCCUUCAAGGACACGACGAGCUUCGACCAUAUCAAGCCCCAUUACUUCAAGAGUCUGACCCUCGUGAAUCCGGCUGGUGUUGUCCCCGAAGGACCUGUGCCGCAUGUCUUGCCGUUGGAGGCAUGA